AUGACCAAUGAUGAGUAUAACAAUACUCAGGACCUCUUAAUGGAUGUCGAUGGUCUAGACUUUCUAGACCAAGAGGGAGACAGCACUGACUCAGUGGAUUUAACGAUUUCCAUGGAUCCAGUUAGCAAUGCUCCUAUGGUGAGCUUUCCUAAUGAACAACCAACUGGUAAAGCUUUGAAGUUCAAGUUUAGCAAUGUUUCCUCUCGCAGUCUUGCGUUUGACGAUGUACAAAGCAACAAUAAACUUUUUCCAGUGAAGCUAUUAAACUUGGAUGAAUCAAAAGAGUUUGCUCAAUAUGUUUCUAAAUUGUUUGAACUAUAUCAAGGUUUAGGCGAACACCGCAAAAAUGAUGUACCGACCAUUGGGUUGAUUAAACAGACUUCCAGACAAGAACAUCUUUCCAUUAUCAACCUAGCAUUCCAAGCUUUAGUAACAGAAUUGGAAUUCUAUAUUGAGUCCAUAAAAUACACUAACAAACUUCAAAGGAUUGGAGAUUUAGAAGAGUGUCUUAGUAUACUGAACUGUCUCAAGACCCUCUAUUUCAUAACAGAUUCUCCUGGUUGGAAACAAGAAGAUUUCUUGGAGUCAUUAAUUAACUGGAUAAACAGAUCAGAUGGUGAACCAAAUGAAGCAAUUAUUGCCGAGGUAUUUGAUACUAGUCUUUUGACCAGAAGAAAAGUGUACGAAACAACAGGCUUUUGGGACUUGAUUGCACAACUCUUGUUAAGAGGUUUAUGGUCUCAAGCAAUCCAAUGUAUUUCCAAAUCACAACUAUUAGAGCAUGAUGAAGAACCUGUGAGGAUAUUCGCCACUGAUUUGAUAACAAUAAUCGAAACCUACCCAUUGCAAUCUGAUUCUUUAUUCCGUGAAUGGAAAAACAGUGUUUUACAACUAAUAAACAACUGGGACGAGCAGGAUGUUGAGCCUGAGAUUAAGAAAAGUAUGAUGAACAUAUUCAUGAUUUUGAGCGGCUCAAAGAAUAAAAUCUGUGAAUUUUCUCAAUACUGGUACGAGUCAUACUGUGGAUUAAUGUUAUACUACAUUCCAACGUUAGAACUAAGUAAUGAAUAUGGACAACUAGCAACCAAUAAUAAUGCCAUUGACGUUUGUAAUAACUGGGAAACGGCUUGUUAUGACAUAAUAUGCGAUAGGGUAGCGGACAUACUCCCUGUAUUGGAAUCAUUAGAUCUUGCAACAGCGGCUUUUGUAGCCGUGCUUUGUGAAUCAAAGGGAGUUAUAAGAACAGACUUCCACGAGAUUUUCAGUCAUAAAGACGAAAAUAUGGAUAGUAUUAAUGCAUUUGAAACUGAUCCUACUAUAAGUGGCUUUUUGAUGAAUCAACUUGCCUUGAAUUUAUGCACAUACGAUGAUAAAACGCUCUGGCCUAUUUCCGUAGGAUUGAUUUCUCUGUUACCAGAUAUAGGAGAUGCGACAAAACGAACAACGUUGGCAGAAUUACUACCACACUUUCCAUACAGUACAAAUGAUGAUAUCGAAUGGCUAUUAACCGUUUGUGCCAAAUGGAGAUUGCCUGAAGUAGCCAGAAGUAUUUACAAGAUACUAGGUCAGGAUACCCUCUACCAGAAUAACGUUGUUGAAGCAAUGAGCAAUUUCAGUAAAGCCGGAGAAUAUGAGUGGGUCAAGCACUACUCAUGGAUGAUUUUUGAAGCUAGUGUUUUGAAAGGGGCCCCAUUGGAUGAUAUAACAAUAAAUGCCAUUGUAAGUGGGGAUUCAGAAUCCUUCAGCAUACCUAAAGAUUUAAUUGAUAGCAUGGUCACAGAUGUGAUGAGACAAGCGCUCUCUCCAUAUGCAGUAUUAUACGAGUUCCACAAACUUGUUGAAAGUAAUGAAAUUGAAAAGGCGAUCGACAACAUGAUUCAAUUAAUUAGCUUCCCAUACAUGCCUGAUCAAUAUUGUAUCUUGUUGUUAGCUCGAUUCUUCUAUCCAAUGUUUUUGGUGCCUGAGAACAUUCGUUUGCAGGAAUCACAGAUAUUCACCCUUUUGAAGAGGUUGGAAAAGGUACAAAUAAACGAUGCAUGUCACUUGUUAUAUUCUCAACUUAAAAAUGGAGAAAACAAAGUGAAUUCACUACCUGACUCCAUCGAUUCAUUGAUCCGAGAUGUGAGAAAGACUCUGAAUUAUAAAGUAUGUCAAGCAUUUAUGUAG